GACUUGAGUCGAGACUUGUCUUGACAAAAACUGAAUCCCUCUCUCUCUCUCUCUCUCUCUCUCUCUGAAAACCUCUGAACCUCUCUGAAAUUCUGAACCACCACAACUGGAGACGGAGACGAAGAACGCGUGCAAGGAAAGGAAAACGAACAAACAGCGGUUCACGUUGCAGAAAUGGACGACACUCACACCAACAAUGUGGCCCAAGCCAUCGCCACCGCUCUCGACUGGGCCUCCACUCCCUCCGCUCGUCAAUCCGCCGUCGCUUUUCUCGAUUCUAUCAAGGCAGGAGAUGUACGGGUAUUAGCGAACACAUCAUUCCUUCUGGUGAAAAAGAAUUGGUCACCUGAAAUCCGGUUACAUGCUUUUAAGAUGUUGCAGCAUUUGGUACGCUUAAGGUGGGAGGAAUUAAGCCCUGCUGAGCAUAGGAACUUUGCAAAUCUCUCUGUUGAUUUAAUGUCUGAGAUUGCAGAUCCUGGUGAAAAUUGGGCUCUUAAAAGCCAGACAGCUGCCCUUGUUGCUGAGAUAGUUAGAAGCGAGGGUCUUAAUCUAUGGCAAGAAAUGCUUCCAUCUUUGGUUUCUCUAUCUGACAAGGGUCCAAUACAAGCUGAGUUGGUUUCGAUGAUGCUGCGGUGGCUUCCUGAAGACAUUACAGUUCACAAUGAAGACUUAGAAGGUGAUCGUCGCAGGCUACUUUUGCGUGGGCUAAGUGAAUCAUUGCCUGAAAUUUUGCCACUAUUAUACACUUUACUAGAAAGGCACUUUACAGCUGCAUUAAACGAAGCUGGUAGAAAACAGAUGGACAUUGCCAAACUGCAUGCUGCUACUGUAACAGCUACUCUAAAUGCUGUAAAUGCAUAUGCUGAGUGGGCUCCUUUAUCUGAUCUUGCCAAGUCUGGUAUCAUUCAUGGUUGUGCUUUCCUACUAUCUGCUCCAGAUUUCCGUCUUCAUGCUUCUGAGUUUUUCAAACUUGUCUCCCCGAGGAAGAGACCAGCUGAUCCGUCUGCUUCUGAAUUUGACCAAGCUAUGAGGAGCAUCUUUCAAACAUUAAUGAACAUAUCUAGAGAUUUUUUGUAUAGAUCUGGUUCAGGUCCCGGGUCCAUGGAUGAGGGCGAGCAUGAAUUUGCUGAAUAUAUAUGUGAAAGUAUGGUGUCACUGGGUUGCUUUAACUUGCAAAGUAUUGCUGGAGAUAGCACCAUACUUCCACUUUACCUAGAACAGAUGCUGGGAUUUUUCAAACAUUUCAAGUUUGCUAUCCAUUUUCAAUCCCUACACUUCUGGCUGGUGCUGAUGAAAGAUUUGAUGUCAAAGCCUAAAACUUCCACACAUUCAACUGCUGACAGUUUAGCAGUCAAGAGCUCAGGUUCUGGGGAGGUUGAAAAUGCAAAGAAAAAGGCCCUAAGCUUUGUGAAUGAUGAUUUCUGUGUUGCAAUUUUAGAUAUGUCUUUCCCUCGCAUGCUUAAGAGAGAAAAAAUUCUGCAUGAAACCUCCCUUUCUUUAGGGGUGUUGGAAUUGUGGAGUGAUGAUUUUGAGGGCAAGGGUAGUUUCAGCCAGUAUCGUUCUAGGCUGUUGGAAUUGAUUAGGUUUGUUUCUUUCUACAAACCCCUGAUAGCUGCUACCAAAGUUUCUGAAAAAAUUGAUACAAUCAUCAAGAGUUUCUUGCUUUCACCAGCACCACCUCAGGACUUAGCUGUGAUGGAAAGCACGCAGUUGGCUUUAGAGAUUGUUGUGAAUACAGUUUUUGAUGGAUCCAAUGAUUGUGUUAAGUCGAAUGCUGAAAUUCAGUUUGCAUUAUUUAGAACAUUUGAAGGUUUACUCCAACAAUUUAUUUCCUUGAAAUGGACGGAGCCUGCCCUUGUGGAAGUACUUGUUCACUAUUUGGAUGCAAUGGGCCCCUUUUUGAAGCAUUUCCCUGAUGCAGUUGGCAGUGUUAUCAAUAAACUAUUUGAACUUCUAACAUCCCUUCCCCUUCAAAUGAAGGACAUGUCAUCACUAAGUGCACGGCAUGCAAGGUUGCAGACCUGUACAUCAUUUAUUCGGAUAGCAAAAACUGCUGACAAAAGCAUCCUGCCUCAUAUGAAGGGCAUUGCUGAUACCAUGGGAUGUUUGCAAAGGGAGGGCCGUUUGCUUCAGGGAGAGCAUAAUCUUAUAGGUGAAUCGUUUCUUGUUAUGGCUUCUUCUGCCGGGAUUCAACAGCAGCAAGAAGUUUUAACCUGGUUACUAGAACCUGUGAGCCAGCAGUGGACACAGUCGGAGUGGCAGGAUAGAUAUUUGUCUGGUCCACAGGGUGUGGUUCAGUUGUGCUCAGAAGCGUCAGUUAUGUGGUCAAUUUUUCACACAGUGACAUUCUUUGAGAAAGCACUUAAGAGGAGUGGGUUGAAGAAAGCUACUGGGAAUUCAGAAAACAACUCGACAUCAAAUUCAGCUCCUCUGAAUCCAAUGGCCUCUCAUGUAUCAUGGAUGUUGAAACCUCUCUUGAAACUACUUCGUGCCAUACAUUCCCUUUGGUCGCCAUCUGUAAGUCAAGCUUUACCUGGAGAGGUCAAAGCCGCAAUGAUCAUGUGUGAUGCUGAGAGGUUCAGUCUUCUUGGAGAAGAGACCCCUAAAUUGCCGAAGGGUUCUUCAUUGACUUUCACAGAUGGAUCUGACGUUGCCAUGAGUAACGAAGGCCAUGCUAAACCCAAUGAAUCAGAUAUUCGAAAUUGGUUAAAAGGCAUUAGAGACAGUGGAUAUAAUGUAUUGGGCUUGUCAACAACCAUUGGGGAUUCGUUUUUCAAAUAUUUGGAUGUGCACUCUGUUUCUGUUGCCCUAGUUGAGAAUAUACAGUCAAUGGAGUUCAGGCAUUUGAGGCAGCUUGUCCAUUCCAUUUUGAUUCCUUUGGUUAAAAGUUGUCCUUCGGAUAUGUGGGAGAUUUGGCUUGAAAAUCUUCUGCACCCAUUAUUUGUUCAUGUUCCACAAGCUCUUAGCUGUUCCUGGUCCAGUCUUCUACAAGAUGGUAGAGCAAAGGUUCCAGAUGCUCAUGGCAUUCUUAGUGGAUCAGACCUGAAAGUGGAAGUGAUGGAGGAAAAGCUCUUGAGGGGUCUCACACGUGAGAUGUGUUCGCUCCUCUCUGCCAUUGCUUCUCCUCCCCUUAAUACUGGAAUCCCUUCUUUGGAACAUUCUGGGCAUGUUAGUCGUUUCGACAUGUCUUCUCUGAAAAACUUGGAUACAGUUGCAUCGUGCUCUAUGGUUGGUUUCCUUCUAAAGCAUGAAGCUCUGGCCCUUCCAGCACUACGUAUGAGUUUAGAAGCUUUUACAUGGACAGAUGGUGAAGCUGUGACAAAAGUUUCUGCUUUUUGCUCUGUGUUGGUAGUUCUUUCGAUUGUAACAAAUCAUACACAACUCGUUGAAUAUGUCGCAAGAGAUCUUUUUACAUCCACUAUUCAAGGUUUAGCACUUGAAUCAAAUGCAAUGAUCAGCGCUGAUCUAGUUGCCAUUUGCCGUGAAAUAUUUGUUUAUCUUUGUGAUAGACACCCAGCUCCCAGGCAGGUAUUGCUGUCUCUUCCCUCUAUUACCCCUCAUGAUUUGCAUGCCUUUGAGGAAUCUUUAACGAAAACAGCCAGUCCAAAGGAGCAAAAGCAGCUCAUGAAAAGCUUGCUUCAGUUAGCAACUGGUAACAAAUUAAAAGCACUUGCAGCACAGAAAACUGUCAACAUCAUUACAAAUGUUUCGAUGAGACCACGCAGCUCAGUGAAUGCUUCCGAGUCCAAAGUUGAUGAUGGAGAUGUUGUGGGGUUGGCAGCCAUUAUCUGAUACUACUCUGAGCUCAUGGAAGGUUUUUGUACAGGAGUGAGCUCAUAUUGAGAAGAGCUGGGUUCUUAUUAUUUACUAACAUACCGUUUCUUCCCCUGCAACCUUACAAAUGAGUCAUGGAGCGGGAGUACAAAUAUUUCAUGUCCUUGCUCUGUUUUCUCUUCAUAGGCACAUGUGAAUGAGAUUUACCAUAUGCAUAUUAAAAUGCUAGCAACAUAGUUUUUUCGGUAACAAUAUAAUACAUUUUCCUAUAUUAUUCAGUGGAAUAUUUUCAGCAAUUUGAAGCUGAAAUGUAAUGGAACCAGACGUGUGGCGUCACUGUUAACUUAUUACUGUCAUUUUGACUGGAUUUGAGGUGGACUCAGAUUGCAUUAUUGUAUCAAAUUGUAAAUGGUAAACAUCGUGUCAGAAGUAUGCAAUAGACUGCGAGUAAUUUACAGAA